AUGGAAGAUUGUAAUAAAAAUGCAGAAGAUAAUACAUUUAGCAAAUUUAAGCCAAAGUUGCUUGAUGGAGAAAUAGUUAUUACAGAAGGAAACAGAGUAUUAUAUUUUCCAAAUGCUGCUGAAAGAUCAAAAGGUUUAUCUGGGAAUUUAUAUGUUACUAAUUUUAGAUUUAUGUUUGAAGCUUAUGAAAGUGAAGAUUGCUCAAAGGAAAUUUCUGUGCAUCAAGUAAAUAAUUUAUUAGGUAAUCACGGAGCUUGUCUGACAAAUGUACAAUCUGUAUAUCAGCUAUGUGGAGAUAAGAAGAAAAAACUAUUUCAAGAUUCACAAUUGUCUGAUAAAAUAAAGGGUUUACAAAUAGUGUGUAAAAACUUGAAAGUUUUCACUUUCAACUUUGACCAAAGCCCAAUUAUUCAAGGGAAAAAUAUUGCAAAAACAUUGCUUCAUCAUGCUUUUCCAGGGAGGCAUCAAUUGCUUUUUGCAUACGACUAUAGUGAUGAAAAGACUGAGAAUUUUUAUAAAAACACCAAAGUAGUUUUUUUUUCAAAAAAAAGUGAAUGGGAAGAUGAAUUAAUUAGAACAUGUUCUGCCUCUGCUUCUAAAUGGAGAAUAUCUUGUCAAAAUCACAAGUUUCAAAUAUCGACUAGCCUACCACAAUGGUUGGUGGUACCACAUUCCCUUUUAGAUUAUGAUUUUGUCACUGCAUCACAGUCUUUUAGGUGCAACAGACCUCCGAUUUGGACGUGGUCAAAUCCCAAUGGAGCAGCCUUAAUUAGGACAGCAAAUUUAAUUCCCAGUUUAACAGAUAGAACUCAAGAAAAUAGAAUGCUUGAAAAUAUAAGAAAAUGUCAUCCUCAACUAAAAGGUCCUUGCAUUAAAGAUUUAGAUAAGGAUUUACCCUCGGUUAUCGAAUUACAUCAAAGUUUUAUAAAGUUAAGAGAUCUUUGCAUUCUCGACAGUCAUCGUCAAUUUAAAUUGCAAGACUCUCACAUGUAUUCAUCCCUGGAAAAUACUAAAUGGCUUCAUCACGUUUCUUCUUGCUUAAAAUUAUCCGUUGAAGCAGCGCGUGAAAUACAAAAAGGUACCACCGUCGUGCUCCAAGAAUCGGAUGGACGAGAUACGAGUGCCAUUGUAUCUUCAUUAGUGCAAUUAUUAUUAGAUCCUCAUUCAAGAUCCAUAGUAGGCUUUCAAUCGUUAAUUCAAAAAGAAUGGAUAGCUUUGGGUCAUCCAUUUUGCAAAAGUCAAAACGAGAGAUUACAAUUACGGAGUGUUUGGAAUUGGAACAUACAAUUUUCAGAAAGUGACGUAGAAUUAUUUUUCAAUCCGCUCUACAAAUUUUGUCAAAUAAGUAAUUAUCCAUCGUUGAAAGAAAGUUACGAUCAUCAGAAACGUGACAUUGUUAUUUUUCCAGAGUUUAGCGUACCUUAUUUAGGAUUAUGGAUGCAAUGUUAUUUCCGAUGGUUAUCAUUAUUGAGCAUACGUUCCGGGGGACGGCCCCAAGUCGACAUUGUUCACAGACACCUUUUAAAACGUAUACAAUCAUUAAUUGUUGACUUUCAAGAAUUGAAUUCAAAAAAAAUUGAUAAUUGUUUUUUAAAUAAUAUAAGUGAAUUACGGAGCAGCAUGAGUAAUAACAAUAAUAGUAAUAAUAAUAAUAAUAUUAAAGACGAUAAUAAAAACUCUGAUUACGUUGAUAAUAAUUCAAAACCGAAUAAAACAUCAAAUAGUGUUAGUAAAAAACUUGAAAAAAAAGAAAGUAACGGUGGCGGAAAAAGUUAUAAUAAUUCUAAUGAUAGGAUCGGUGAAGAAGUAGAAUAUGAAAAUUUAUCGGAUGCAAAAUUAUUAUUUAUAAAAAGAAACGCGAUAGAUAAUUUUUUCCCAUUCACAAUAAAUACUUCGAAUUCUUUUUCCGGUUUUGUUACCGAUACCCAUUUAAAAGAAAUUGAUUCUUCAUCAAUUAUAAAUGUAUCCGAUUGA